AUGCACAUUCUCGUCACAAACGACGAUGGCCCGCCCUCGAAUCUGGCAUCUCCCUACAUUCUACCUUUCGUGAAUGCUUUGGAGAAGGCAGGUCACACCGUCUCGGUCAUCGUUCCAGAUAGCCAGAAAUCUUGGAUCGGAAAAGCGCACAUCGUUGGCCAAGAUGUCCGAGCAUCUUUCUAUUGGCCACCCUCCAAGAAUCCAAGCGAGCAUUCGGAUUCUGUGUCGGUUGGUGACAAUGGCAAAUAUCCCUGGGUCCUGCUCAACUCCACUCCGGCGGGAUGCUCUCAGAUUGGACUGAGCUAUUUCUUCCAAGAUCGUGAAAAGAUUGACUUGGUCAUUUCCGGCCCCAACUAUGGCCGCAACAGUACGGCGGUCUUUGCCCUCUCCUCUGGAACAUUAGGCGCGGCUCUCGAAGCUUCCCACUGCGGAUACAAAGCUAUAGCGCUAUCAUUCGCCUUCUUCGACCGGAUUAAUGAUCCGGUGGUGGUAGAAGAAAGUUGUCUACAAGCCGUGCGGGUGUCUGAAUACCUCUACAAAAACGCCACCUGGAAUCCUGCGCAGCUCUACUCGGUCAACGUGCCUGUAAAGAAGGGCGUGUCCGAUUCCCGUGUGAGAUGGACGAAGAUGCUCCAGAAUCAGUGGAAGCAAGGAGCAGGCACAAUUGAGAAAGCAGGAGUCACGGGGUGA